AAUACAAUAACAACAAAAUCUAAACAAAAAUGUCAAUUAAACCGGACUUCACGGGCAAAGUGGCAAUUGUCACGUGUUCGAGUUCGGGUGUAGGCGCGGCCAUUGCCAUAGCCCUGGCCCGUGCCGGUGCACGUGUUGUGAUCAGCGGUCGGUACGCAUUAAAAGUCAAUGCCGUGGCCAACGAGUGUCAUAAAGUGUCACCGAAUAAACUCAAACCAAUUGAGGUUAUGGUAGACAUGUUGAGACCCGAAGACUUGCAACGAUUGAUACGACAAACCAUUGAACGGCACAAUCGUUUAGAUAUUUUGGUCAACUGUUGUAAUCUUAAAGCAAUGACCAGAUUUACGGACAACGACUUUAUGGACAAAUAUCGGCAAACACUAGACCUGAAUCUACACUCUCUCGUCUAUUUGACACAUCUAUGUGUACCACAUUUGGAGCAAACACGGGGAACGAUAGUUAACAUAUCAACUAUCGGUGCUUACGCUACUUUUACUGAAUAUACGCCUAAUUGUAUGGCCAAAAGUGCUCUAAAUAUGUUUACAGAGUGUAUGGCCAGUGAUUUGGCCACAAAAGGGAUUCGGGUUAACUCAGUAAAUCACGGACCUAUAAUCGACUAUCAGUUUACAGAAAACGGUGGGCGUCGCCGCCCGAAACCACGUAAACGCAAACAUAUUGAAGCGGACGCAGUUAGCGAAGCGUACGGUCGCCAGUGUCCUGCGGGUCGGGCCGGAACUGGGAUGGAUGUGUCCAAUGCUGUACUGUAUUUGGCAUCAGAUAACGCCUCGUUUGUCACAGGAGUUCAUCAUGUGAUAGAUGGCGGACAUUUGGCCGCAGGUUUGACACCAAUUGUAAAAAUUGUAAAUUAA